CGCUCCGCUCUCUUAAGGCGGGGUGUUAGGGGGUGUCCUCAAUCAACAGAGGAGAAGCCCUGCGCUGUCAGACUCGUGCCGCCGCCAUGGCCCUGCUCCGAGGUGUGUUUAUCGUUGCUGCUAAGCGAACACCCUUCGGAACAUAUGGAGGUCUUCUGAAAGACUUCACAACUACCGACUUGGCUGAAUUUGCUGCCAGGGCUGCCUUGUCUGCUGGCAAAGUAUCGCCUGAGGUUAUUGACAGUGUCAUUGUAGGCAAUGUCUUACAGACUUCUUCAGAUGCUGUGUACUUGGCAAGGCAUGUUGGUUUGCGUGUGGGAGUCCCAAAAGAGACCCCAGCUCUCACUAUUAAUAGACUUUGUGGCUCUGGUUUCCAGUCCAUUGUGAAUGGAUGUCAGGAUAUUUGUGUUAAAGAUGCCGAAGUUGUCUUGUGUGGAGGAACCGAAAACAUGAGCCAGGCUCCCUACUGUGUCAGAAACAUACGUUUUGGAACCAAGCUUGGAUCAGAUAUCAAGAUGGAAGAUACUUUGUGGUCGUCACUAACAGAUCAGCAUGUCAAACUCCCCAUGGCGAUUACUGCCGAGAACCUUGCUGAGAAACAUAAAAUAAGCAGAGAAGACUGUGACAAAUAUGCCUUGCAGUCACAGCAGAGGUGGAAGGCUGCUAGUGAUGCUGGAUACUUUAAUAACGAGAUGGUACCAAUUGAGGUGAAGACAAGGAAAGGAAAACAGACAGUGCAAGUAGAUGAGCAUCCUCGGCCCCAAACAACCAUGGAACAGUUAAGUAAACUCGCUCCAGUAUUCAAGAAAGACGGCACCGUUACUGCAGGGAACGCAUCGGGAAUAUGUGAUGGUGCUGGAGCUGUUAUCAUAGCUAGUGAAGAUGCUGUUAAAAAACAUAACUUCAAACCAUUGGCAAGAGUCGUGGGCUAUUUUGUGUCCGGAUGCGAUCCCUCUAUUAUGGGUAUUGGCCCUGUCUCUGCUAUCAAUGGGGCACUGAAGAAAACAGGAUUGAGUCUUAAGGACAUGGACUUGGUAGAGGUGAAUGAAGCCUUUGCUCCGCAGUACUUGGCUGUGGAGAAGAGCUUGGGUCUUGACCCAAGUAAAACCAACGUGAAUGGAGGAGCCAUUGCUUUAGGUCACCCAUUGGCAGGAUCUGGGUCAAGAAUUACCGCACACCUGGUCCAUGAAUUAAGGCGUCGAGGUGGAAAGUACGCAGUUGGAUCUGCCUGCAUUGGGGGGGGCCAAGGGAUCGCAGUCAUCAUUGAGAACACAGCCUGAGGCGAGCAGAGCCCACUAUGGCCCACUUGCACUUUCCUCGGUAAGGCCAUAGUGACCCAGGUGACCUUCAGAGCAGCUGCAAAACCGGCCAUGGCCUGCCCCCAAAAGUGACUGGGCAAAAAGAUGCAUUUCUCAUGAUGAAGAGCCCAUGCCAGAGUAAGUUCUCUCAAAUUUGCACCAAAUACAAUGUAUUUCUGAACUAAAAUCCCACUACAGAAGGCCUUAAAAGGAAUUGUAUCCUUGCCGAGUAAUCACCACUUAAUGCCUUAGAUAAUAUGAUUGCAAGGAAAUUGAAUAAAUAUUGCCUUAAGCUCA